GCAGCACAGGGCAGAUGCGGAGUGAGUGGCAGUGCAGGCAGCUUCCCCGGCACGCGUGGUGGCACAGCUGCAGGCACCUCUGGCCAUGGCAGAGCCUUCGCUGCCCCUCUGCUUCCUCUGCCUCCUCGCCCUCUCCUCAGCCUGCUACAUCCAGAACUGCCCCCGGGGCGGCAAGCGGGCCCUGGCUGACACAGCCCUGCGACAGUGCAUGCCCUGUGGCCCGGGGAACAGAGGCAACUGCUUUGGCCCUGGCAUCUGCUGCGGCACAGAGCUGGGCUGCUACCUGGGCACGGCCGAGACGCAGCGAUGUGCUGAGGAAGACUACCUGCCUUCACCCUGCCAGGCUGGCAGGCAGCCCUGCGGCGCGGGGGGGCGCUGUGCCGCGCCUGGCAUCUGCUGCACGGCCGAAACCUGUGCCAUGGACGCUGGCUGCCUGGAUGAGGACAGCGAUGGGGCUCAGGAGGCAGCCGAGAAGAACCUGACAGUGCUGGACAGCUCAGCCGGAGAUCUGCUUCUCAAGCUGAUGCACUUAGCGAAUCGGCAGCAGCAGGGCAAGCAUCCCCUCCUCUGAGCAGGGGCACUCAGUGUCACUGCCACCGUCCCUCCGCCCCAACCGUGUAAAUACAAGACCCAAUAAAAGUCCUUGUGCACUGUAA